AUGUUUCUGGGCGGACGACAACCAUACGAGAUUCAUAAGCUCCACCAAAAACACGGCCCAGUUGUGAGAGUCGCCCCAAACGAGCUGUCUUUCAAUACGUACAAGUCAUGGAAAGACAUUUAUGCAAAACGGGUUGGCCAUAAGCCAUUCAUCAAGAGCGACUUCUAUGAUGGCGGGAAUUUUGCCGCAGAAGCUCAUUCCAUUGUCAGCGAGCGUGAUCCACAUAAGCAUGACAAAAUGAGAAGCUACCUGCGUGACGUCUUCUCAGACCAAUAUUUGAGGGAGCAAGAGAGUCUCAUUAGCGACAACAUCGACCAUUUUAUCACCCGAAUUGGGGAGAAAGGCUCCUCGAUCGACGGUGUAGAUAUCGUCAUGUGGUUCAAUCUUGCCACUUUCGAUAUCAUUGGAAGCUUAGCAUUUGGUGAGUCUUUCGGUGGUAUCAGUUCUGGAUCUGAGCAUUUCUGGGUAUCCAUCAUUGUGAAAAGCCUGAGAUUGGGUGCAUUAGCCGACACUUUUAAGCGAUUUCCUUGGCUUGGAUACUUUGCCCAGAAAGCCUUCUCGGGACUGCUAAAGCAGCUCAUCAAGGACACUCGGAAGCACGAGCAAUAUGCAAUGGACCUGAUUAGAAGGAGGAUCGAACAAAGCAGCACGCGAAAAGACUUUUUGACUAAAAUGCUGCAAGGUCGCGACAAUGACGGCAUUUCAGAUGUUCAGUUAGCAGCACAUGCCUCAGACUUUGUUAUUGCAGGAAGCGAGACGACUGCAACAGCUUUGGCUUGUAUAACCUAUCAUUUAUUAAAGUUUCCAGAGAUAGGAUUGAGGUUGCAGACAGAAGUCCGUGAGGCUUUCAACUUUUACCAGGAGAUCAAUGGAACAUCGACAACAAGCCUGCUAUACUUGAAUGCAGUCAUACUUGAAGGGAUGAGAGUAUAUCCGCCACUGCCUUUUCCUCUCCCAAGAGUUGUUCCUCAAGGAGGUGAUGUAGUUGACGGACAUUUCAUUCCAGAGGGUACCAUCGUCUCUACAAACCCAUUCGCGGCUUCGAUGUCGUCCCAGAACUUUCUCAAUCCGUGGAAGUUUGACCCAGAACGAUGGUUGACGAAAGAUGGAGAGGAUACUCUGGGAGCAAGCCAGCCAUUUUCGCUGGGCACACGAAGUUGCUUGGGAAGAAGUCUUGCUUGGCUGGAACUCAGAACAAUCCUGGCAAAGUUAUACUUCAAGUAUGAUUUGAAGUUGCUGGACCCUCAGUUAGACUGGCAUGCCCAAUCUGAGAUGCAUACACUAUGGCAGAAACCAGAGAUGAGGGUUGCAAUCAGAUCCCGUGCCGACAAGAGUUAG